GGAGAUAACUUAUAUGUGUACGGCCUGAUUCUUAUAGAGCAAACCCAUUACUCAUUUCUUUUGGGCUUGUAGUUCUGACGUUCUCGUUCGUCUACAUUCCCUUAUUCCAUCAACUAAUUUCCUCCUCAAUACCCUCCAAUCGAUACCCUUCGUAUUUGAGAGCGAUCGUAGCGUAAGUUUCUCCAUGGCUAGAAAAAGCUCAUUCAAGCUCCAACAUCCUCUGGAAAAGAGGAAGCAAGAAGCUGCUCGCAUUACAGAAAAAUUUCCAGAUAAAGUACCUGUAGUCUUGGAGAAGGAUGAAAGAAGUGGCAUUGCUGACAUUGUCCAGAAGAAAUACCUUGUCAGUGCUGAUAUUACUGUUGGGCAGUUUGUACAUAUUAUUCGGAAUGGAAUCAAUGUUGGUCCAGAGAAGGCUAUUUUUAUCUUUGUCAAUAAUACUCUACCUUCCAAUGCUUCCUUGAUGAAAAUCGUUCAUGAAGAAAAUAAGGAUGAAGAUGGAUUUCUUUACAUGACUUACAGUGGAGAGAACACCUUCGGAUCCUUCUAGGAGAGGAAAUUUUUGCGUAGACAGAGCUUGGAAAUUGUAUAUUCUGACAGCAAUGUUCAUUUUAGUUAAUCCUCUCCUUCACUAUCAUUUUAGUAUUAUUGGGGGUAGAUGGUGCUGGAAAUAUUUUUGGUUCGACAUCUUGAUUUAGUUUGUGAAUGUUUAGAAUUAAUUAGUCAGUUAUUCACGGUUUCUUUCGAUAUUUUUUGGUUGAUUGUUAAUUGGUCUAUAUAUGUUAAAUGUAUAAGAUUUUCGAUUAAGUACUGCCAUGAUAUAGA